AUGCAUAAACAAAUAUUCCCGGCCAUGGAUAGGUCAUUCCAGGAUAUAAUGAAAUUGAAUAAACCAUUUGGUGGUAAAAUUAUAAUUUUUGGCGAAGAUUUUAGACAAAUUUUACCUGUUAUUAAAUAUGGUGGAAGAUGCGACAUUGUUAACUCAACCUUAAAACGGUCGUAUUUAUGGUCGCAUAUAUUCCCAUUAAGGUUAGGAAUUAAUAUGAAAUUGCUACAAUUUCACGAGGCAAAUGAAUCUCUUAUCAAUAAUAAUUACUCAAAUUUUCUUUUAAGAGUUGGUAGAGGCUAUGAGACAUUUGAUGGCUCCAAAAUUCAUGAAGAUUGUUUUAUAGCUUCCAAUGAUAUCGUGGAUCUUAUCGCUUUUGUUUACAGUUUCAAAAAGACAAUACUUCCUUUAACCGUGCAUCAUUUCUCAAAAUGUCACCCUGACCCCUAA